UCCAUAAACCCUCGCUCAUCAGAAAAAGUUUUAACUUCUAUGUCGCCACCUUGGUUGAAUUUGGCAACACUCAGCUGCUAACACCAACAUUGCAAGGCAUAUACUAUCUUCAGUCCUAAUUAUAAUAUUUAGUUUAUAGAUUUUAUAAUUAGGAUUUGAGGUAGUGAUUAUGGAGUUAACAAGUAACAUGAGAAGCUGAGAGCUGCACUUGACUUGGAGUUUGAGAUUUUCGGGUUUGGAUCUUUUCAGAAUCCUUCUUUCGUCUUUUUUUCUUAGUGUCUAAUCUCCACUAUUGGAUUAAACAAUAAAUGGUUUAGAUUUAAUAUUUUAAAAAGUAGAUAUCUACUUUUUCUCUCCUAUUUAUGUAACGUUAUAAUAAUAAUUUUAUAAAAUAUGAAAUCUAAACCAUUCACUAUUUGAUCCAAUGGUAGAGAUCAGAUACUGAGGGAAAAAAAAGAAAAAAAAGGAUUUUAAGAGGAUCAAAAACCGAAAUUUUCUAUGCAUAUUUUGGUUUACGCGUUUCGAAUCAAUACGAUCGCCUUGGUCACAAGCAAAGGUACAAAUUCUUUCCCCACUUGUUCGUAACAAGGCAUCGGCGCCAGAGAAAUUCCUGCUGCCUCCAUGCAGCCAUUAUUUUGAGAAAGCUAAUGAAUCCUCUCAUAUCAGGUUCCACCCCAUUGCGCUCCAAAUCUUGAGAAUUAAAUAAUGUGCGAACCAAAGAACUUCUACGUUUGGCUGCUUGAAUUUAUAGGCCUCUUGGGUCUACUUGCUUUCAUCCUAUGGCUGGCCCUAAGACCCAAACCUCCCUCCUACUCCAUCGACUUCGUCUCCAUUCCACAGUCCUCUGAUCAGAAUGGCACCAUCAUUUACAACCUCGAGAUUGAAAACCCAAACAAGGAGUCUAGCAUUUCCUAUGAUGACAUAACUGUGAGUUUCCUGUAUGGGCAGGAUCAGGUGGCACAAUCAACCAUAGGUUCUUUUCGUCAACGAGCUGGUAAGAGCAAUAGUAUGUUUCAGAGUACUAAUGCCAACGGUCGAGCUCUGAAGCCUCUGGUCAAUGCGAUUUCGAACGCCACAGCUGAGUUGAAGGCUGCUCUGAAGACCAGGUUUCGAUAUAAGACAUGGGGAAUUAAGAGCAAGUUUCAUGGGGUGAACCUCCAAGGUACUCUGCCCAUUGGUCCUGGUGGGAAGCUUUCGGGUAAGAAGAAAAAGUAUCCCAUCAAGAGUCCCUCCAAGAAAACCACAAGGUUCAAAAUAAAGCAUUGAUCACUAGUCCCAUCUGUGUCUCUAUGUGUCUGUGUGUAGAUUUUUCAUUCCUUCCUAAUAGCGCAUGCACCAAUCCAUAGUGUGCGCGCACACCCUCUUGGUCAUAGUAUUUGUGAAUUUUUUUUCCGGGUCUGAACUGUAUCUGUGGAUUGAAAACACAAACUUUGUAAUAUAUUGUGAUUAGAAUUCUUCUAAGGUUACACAAUCAUUAUGUUUUUUUAAAAUCUAUAUGUGAUAAAAGCCACAAUUCAACUUUUGCAGAUGCCACUUACCAAAUUCGGUGUUUU